AUGUCGCAAUUCUCCGUUUUAACUUCGUUGAUAUCCAACCGUUUAGAAGAAGCCUGCGAAUCCCUGAACGAUCUAAGAAGAAGUGUCAUACCGUCCUAUCAACAGAAGGUGACCGCUCUCUCGGAUGUCCACGGCAGGCUGUGCGAUGCCAGCGAACUAUUGCAAUCAUUCGGGUUCCUCCUCACUGCCAUUCUCAUCCUCAGCUUCCUCGGUCUCACCGCAAUCGCUUUCUUCUUCUACAACCAUCAAGUUCUGUCGAAAAUGCUUGAUUUUAGCUACAUGUUAUCCAGAGAUCCGAAGAACAAUUCACCGAUGAGUAAAACGAAGGAGUUCAACCAUCUUCUCUAUAAGCUGAUCAUCACUGAUAAAAGGUCUGAACUUAUGUGGAACGUAAGAGAAGUUAUUGCUACACCUCUCGAUGAACAGGGAAGUGACUCUGACUGCUUGUGGCCUCUUCAAUCUGGAUUUCACUUUGGUUCAUUCGAUGGUGGCAGCAACUUCAACUUACCUGGUCAUGUUGAUUCAGUUUGGCCAACAAGAAUAGUGCGGCCAAGACUAACCAAGUAUUCUUGA